AUGACAACCCAACCCCCAACCACCACCCCCCCACCCCCCACCACANCAACCCUCCCUCCAAACGCGACACGCCCAGUUAACCAAAUGGUCCAACCUGAUCCUCUCGUACUGUCGGCACCACAGGAUCUUCAAGCUCUCCCUGAUCGACGCGUUGGAAACGGAGUUAUUCCAUAAUAAAGUUCUUGGACGACGGUUGGAGAUGAAGGAUGCGCGGGAGGUGCUGGAGGGGAUGCGGAGGGAGGGGAGGGUGGAGUGGAUUAGUUCUAAUACUGGGAGAGGAGGGGAGGGGAAAGGAGGGGAGGGGGAAGGGGGGUUGGUGUGUUGGGUUUGGUGGCGGAAUGUGGAGGAGUGGGCGGGGGUUGUUUAUGAUUGGGUAUUUUCUCCUCUUUUUUUUCUCUUUUCUUUCUAUCCUGUUGAUUUAUCUUCUUGUCUUUCUCUGCCUUUGGAAAGGGAUGGGGGUGGGAAGGGGGGGUUAUGGACCAGAUGAUGGGGAGUGAAGGAAUAUGCUAAUUACCAAUAAAUAAUACAGGUCGACGAAACAGCGCAGAAGAAUACCGUCUUGACCCUCUACGAACUAACCGAGAGCGAAGCUACAAUCUCCCAAGGUCUACUUACCCCCUCCCCCUCCCGGCCCUUUUCCCCAUCGUUCACAGUUUGUAUUAAGCACAUCCCACUAACACAUUCGAACCAACAGAGUUCCGCCACAUGGAUCCGGAUCUCCUACAGAAAGCCUUGAACCACCUCGUGAAACGGGGCAAGGCACAGGUCUUCGGACAGGAAGACCAGCAAGGUGUGAAAUUCUUUUGAGACCAAAUGUGCGGUGGGCUGGACAGGGAAUCUUUGAUAUUUGAAAGCGGGA